GACAUUGACGAACAGUUGGACUUGAAGGCUGGUGAUUCUUUGGAGUUGGACGUUGAUGAUUGGUUGAACUUAGGACUUCGAUCAUCUGGUUGAAUUCGACAAGAAGUGAGGUCAUCAUGGAGAGUGACCUCGAGGACAGUUUGUGUGAGGAGAACACCGUAUCAAGUCACUAUGACCUCUCAGUGACACUGGGCAAAGGCAAUUUUGGGCACGUGAAACUCGGCUACCAUCGCCUCACUGCCACCGACGUGGCAGUGAAAGUGCUGAAAAAGACCGAAAUAGAUGGCUCCCUGAUAAGGCGAGAGACUGAAAUUAUGAAAAUGCUCCAACAUCCAAAUAUUAUCAAACUGUAUCAGGUCAUUAACACGGUAGAAAAUGUGUACUUCGUACUGGAAUAUGCCAGCAAGGGAGAGCUGAAGAGCUAUGUGGAGAAGCUUGGGCAUGUGGAGGAGGAGGGGGCCCGCAGACUCUUCCUAGAGUUAUGCUGGGAAAUUCUAUUUUGCCACCAGAACAGGGUUGCCCACUGUGACCUGAAAGCCAAGAACAUCCUGCUGAACAUAUAAAGCUGUGUGAUUUUGGGUUGGGGAGAAAAUUCCCCCCUGGAGAGAGGGUCAGUGAUUUCUAUGGGACAUUUGUAUAUCGUGCCCCAGAGCUCUUUGAUUUCCAACAAUACGAUGGGCUGGCUGCUGACAUCUGGAGCCUGGGAGUGGUGCUGUAUUUCAUCGUAUCAGUGAAGCUCCCAUUUGGAAACACAGCGAACUGCAGGACCAAGCAGAACAUCCUAGCUGCUAAUUACACCAUGCCAUCCUAGCUCUCCCUAGACCUGAAAAAUCUCCUUGCCCAGUUUCUGAGUGUUACUCCCAGAAGGAGGCCCACGGUCAUCCAAUUAAUGCAGCACCCAUGGCUGAACCAUGAUGAAGAGCCUUCUUCCAGAAUAGUUUGCACAACAGAACAACUCCCCCACCAACCAGACCCUUCCAUUCUCAUAGAUAUGUGCGCCAUGGGCUAUAGGCCUCAAGAAAUCAAAGAAUCUUUGAAACUGCAAGAAUUCAAUGAUGUUAUGGCAACAUAUUUAAUGCUGGAGCAAUGGUCAUCCCAGAGGGGCAAUUUGGAUCACAAUGCUGUACAUGCUUCUGCCUUUCCUGUGCCCUCAAAAAGGGUACUGAGUGUCCCUACCCUUCCUGUGUUCCCUUUGCCCACUGUCCCUAAACUUAAUGAAGGGGAGAAGCCUAGUCAAAGUCAUGGCAUGCCUUCCAAGUGGGCCCACAGGGACAGAGCUUCUCUCCUGAGGAGCACUGAGCAACCUUGCCCACACUGUUCUCAGAUGGAUGAAUGCAAGGGGAUCACUUCAGCAGAGAUUGAGAGCAUCUCCACUCUUGAAUCAUGGGAGUUCACAUCUGCGAAAAUCUCCUCCUAUGAAAAAAAACAAGUGACCAGAGACAACAUUUAUAGGACAAGGAGCAGCGAGUCUUCCUGCAAUAUGUCACCUUCCCUGUGAAGUGAGGAAGAUCAGGAUGAGAGCAACAGCUCACAGGAGAGAGGCAGCAGCUCAUCUGCCUUAGAAGCAUCUGAGGAGCAACUCAGCAGCCAGUCCGACGGGAUUCCCAGAGCCUCUCCAAGGCAGCGAACAGGUGGCUGGAGGAGCCUCGGGAGAAGAAUUAGAGAUGGCUUUCUCAGCUUAUGCUACUGUCCCCCAACCCCAAGGAGACCACACCUGCACAGGGCAAAAUCCUGCCAUGAAAUGAGGAGGACCUUUGAGACCUCGGAGACAAGUAGGUUGGGUGGUCAGGAUGCACUUCUGUCCCCGACCGCUUUCCGUCUCGCCGGCAAGAACGACGCGGGAGGACAAGUCAGGAUCCUUCUGCAGCAGUUUAUUUCAUAAGCCUCUUACAUAGCAUACUAAGG